AUGACCGAGCUCAUGUUACGCCAUCGGACCCCGAGCUCCAAGCCGCCUUCAAAGUACCAGUCGUUGGGCUGGAUGAUGUCCCUCGCCCCGCAGCCGCCAAACUCUCAGGACACAAACGUCUUGGAUCUCGGUUUCUUUGCGGCCAUCCAACCCCUACAACACCGCAAGUCAGCGCGCACAAUUGACCAGCUCGUUGGCCACGUGGAGUGCGCGUUCGAGGAGUACCCCUUGGUGCGUUUGAAUCAAACGUUCUUGACGCUUCAGUCGUGCUUGGUGGAGAUCUUGAAGCUGUUCGGCGGCAAUGGCUACAAGGUGCCACACAUGUCUAAGCACAAGGAAGAGCGCAAUGGGAUGUUACCGGAGAACGCGUUGUGCCCGAGCGUAGUCUUCGAUGCAGCCAUGGUCAAG